CAGGGACGAAUGGCAGGGUCUGGCCUUCAUUUCUGUAGCUCGAGAACUUCGGUGAGAUGAAGGAGAGGAGCAGGGAGAUGAGCUCGAGUCGGCAAACGGCCGAAGAGAUCUUCAGGGAUUACAGUGGUCGGAGAACUGACGCUGUCCACGAUUUAACUAACGAGAGAGGUCGAGCAAGGUUUCGUCCAUUUUGGUCAACUUGGGCUACCCCCAACGUUCGGUAAGAUCCCUCGCCGAUCUCUUCUCUCGCCUAUGUUGUCUUACUCCAUCGUUCACGUCAGGAAGGCCCGUGCGUGGUUUUUUGGGUGGGGAUUUCAGAUUUCAAGGGGGAAAGAGGCUGUGCUUCUUUUCAAUCGGGCCAAGCCUCUAUCUGCAAAUCGAGGCCCCGGUGAAGCAUAAGCGUUACAGGCCUGCAGUAAAUUCUAGGGAAAGAAAAAUGAAGGAAAUGCCGCGAGGUACGUCACCAGGUCACAAGCUGUCAAGCAGCUUCAAGUCAGUCUUCCCCUCUUCAGGAAAUUGUGUAUUCUAAAGGGCGUGUUCCCUUGGGAGCUGAAGGAAAAGGUGAAAGAAAUCACCAUACCUAUUAUCACUUGAAGGAUGUUUCUUUCAUUCAGCAUGAACCACUACUUGAGCAGUUGAGAGAGAUAAGAGCAUACGAAAGAAAAGUAAAGAGAGCCGAUGCGAAGAAGAACAAGGAACGAGCUUCUCUCCUGACAGAAAGAAGACCCACUUACAAAUUAGAUAGAAUUAUUUUGCAGAGAUAUCCAAAAUUCGUUGACGCACUUAGAGAUAUAGACGACUGCCUCAGCUAUUGAGGACAGAAUUGAUGUCAAACGCAUUCAUAACUGUUGAAGGUUGAGUCAUGAAUGGCAAGCUUACAUAUCUUGGACUCAUAAAUUGCGUAAAGUCUUUGUAUCUGUCAAAGGCAUAUAUUAUCAGGCAGAGGCUAAGGGGAAAAAAGUCAGAUGCACUUGCACCGUGAAGUCAAUGAAGUCGGGUUCCAUUUGUCCAGUUUAUAAAAUUCCAUAUCGACGCAAAGGCACUGGGAAGACGACUCUGUCUACGGAUCAUAAUCGGUAUCUAAUUGGAUUUGAUGAGCACUGCUGGAGCAACAAUAGUGUCAAACAUUGAAGGUGGUUGCUAUGCCAAAUGCAUUGAUUUGUCAAAGAACUGGGAACCAAAUAUUUGGAAUGCAAUUUGGGACUGUUUUGGAGAAUGUUGUGUUCGAUGACCAUAAUCGAGAAGUUGAUUACUCAGAGAAAUCUGUUACUGGUUGUGAUUGAGGGAGCUUGAAAUGGUAGUUGGAUUUCAUCGUCGUUGUUAAACAAGAAGCUAAAGCGUAAUCAAAGGAUUUGUUGACCUAUUGUGGAAGGGGAUGGACAGAAGUCCCCGGCAGCAAUCUCUUUGUGAUCAUUGCUGGGAUAAUAUCGUGGUCAUUUUGAGUUCAGAUUCAGCUAGCAUGUGAUCUGUGCAAGCUAUCCAUAUAUGGAUCAAUGCUAUGAACUCUUCUCAACCUAUGGACCUCAAAUUUCAUUCAAGGUGAUGCAUUCAAGUCCCGCAGCAACGCGCGGGCACAUUUUCUAGUUGGAAUCCUAUUCCCUUUGGAAGUAUAAUAUUUUGUGUAUGAAUAGGGGAUGGAGGAGGCAGAUCUCUCUUCCUGUCAAAUAAAACCCUAACAGCAACUCCUGCCCUACCCAAGUGCCAAGGGAAUCUAUGGAUCCAGAUUGGGCUGCGUUGUCUAGAGAGCUUUUAAAUUUAGUUGUAGAGAGACUGGAGACGCCAAAAGAAUUUAGCUUGGUUUGCAAGUCGUGGCGUUCGGCUGCAAAGGAUAUACAGACCCAUUGUGCUGUCACAACAACCCCAAUGAUCUUGAUUUCUUCUCCUACAGACAAAGAUAAGUGGAAUUUAUACAAUCCCUUGGAUGACAAGGUUCUUAAAACCCAAUUAAAUUUGGCAAGACAGCGAUUUUGCGGGUCUUCAAAAGGAUGGUUAAUCGUUGUGGAUAAGAAUCGUCUUGUAUCGCUAAUAAAUCCGUUCUUUAGUAACGAUGAAAAGAAAAUAAUUCACCUUCCUCCACUGAGCCCGCCAAGUUUGAUUCGGCUUCGACGUGAAAACUAUUUUGUCUACAAGGCUACGAUUUCAGCAGAUCCAAUACUAAAUGCCGAUAACUGCAUUGUUACGGUGGUAUAUGAGGGCAUCUGCCACUUGGCUUUUCUUCGACUCAACAAAGAUAGUCAGUGGACUUAUAUCCUUGAAAAGGUUGACAGAGGAUGGUGGCGCACGGUUGAAGAAGUUGUUCAAUUUGAAGAAAGAUUCUAUGCUGUGGAUUUGUAUGGUAAAGUCUUUUCUUUUGACGUUACUACUCCGUCUGUCGCACCGGUGAAAGUGGUCGGACGUGAAUGUGACGGGGAGAACUGUUAUGUCACGAGAUAUUUUGUGGUUUGUAAUGAGAAAACAGUACUGAUGGUUCAAAGGUGCAUGGUUGGUCUUGACGGUCACGAGACAAAAAGAAUCACAGUCUUUGAACUAAAUAUCAGCAAGGGUGAGUGGACGGAGAAGAACACUUUAGGUGACGUUGCUUUGUUUGUGGGUGAUAAUUCUUCAAUAUCUGUUUGUGCUUCAAAGUCGGGAUGUCGAGCAAAUUGCAUAUACUUCAUUCAUGAUAAUGUUGGCGUUGAAGAAGGGUUUGGACCGCGCGGAGCUUAUGAUUAUGGUGUCUACAACGUCGAGGAAAAGAGGUUUUUAGAAAAUCCUUUCCAUAGAGAUGCUGGGAUUCUGAUGAGCAAGACCGUUGUAUCUCCGAUAUGGAUUGCACCAACUUAUAAUUUGUAGAACAAUAUUUUUUGUUCUUCUUGGUUUUCUUGGAUAUAUUUGAUGUACGGAUUUGGAACAUUA